GGAUCACAUCUUGCUUUGCCUCUCUCUCUCUCUCACUCUCACUCUCACUCAUACUAAUAAAAACACAGGUACACUUUCUCUCUCUAUCAUUGCUAAACCACUUCUUGUUGUAUAUUAAUAACACAAAACCCAUUCUAUAAAAGCCUUCUGUUUCUCUCUCAGUUACAAUAUUGUUCAAAACUCACAAAAAGUUUGAAGCUUUUGUCUUAUACAUAUAUAUUCAAAGUUUGAGUCUUUUUUUUUUUUUAAUUAUUGGGAGCUGAAAGUUCAAGCUCAGCUCAAACUCUGAACUCUUUUGGGUCACACUACGCUGAAUGAGUUCGGGUCACUGGAAAUGGAUCCUCCACUUGUAAGCGAGUCCUCAUUUUCAGCAGCCAACCCUGCAGCUUACAGCUUGGCUGAGCUAUGGCCAUUUUGUGGUGGUUCGGAGCCUGGAACCGGGUCACUGGGGCUCGGGAUGGGUAACUUGGGUCCGAACCCAAAUGGGUUUGCUGAGAGCUCCGGGAACCGUGAUGGGUCGGCCGAGGAAUCGACGGUGACGGAGCAGAGUGGCGGUGGUGGCGGUGGUAGGAAGAAGAGAAAAGAAGUGAGCUCCGAGGAUGAGUCUUCGAAAAUGGUUUCCACUAGUAGCGCCAAUGACUUGUUGAGUGAGUCAAAUGGUAAACGGAUGAAAGUAGCUGGAUCUUGUGAUGACAAUGAUGGUUCAAAGGCAGAAGUGGAAGCUAGUUCAGCAGCUGAUAACAAACCAGCCGAAGAAAGCACUCAACCUUCUGAGCCACCUAAGCAAGACUAUAUCCAUGUGAGAGCAAGAAGGGGCCAAGCUACUGAUAGCCAUAGUCUAGCAGAGAGAGCAAGGAGAGAGAAGAUCAGUGAGAGGAUGAAGAUUCUCCAAGAUUUGGUCCCUGGAUGUAACAAGGUCAUUGGAAAAGCACUUGUCCUUGAUGAGAUAAUUAAUUACAUCCAGUCACUGCAACGCCAGGUUGAGUUCCUGUCAAUGAAGCUUGAAGCAGUUAAUUCAAGGAUGGGCAUGAACCCUGUCAUGGAUGGCUUUCCUCCAAAAGAUCUUGGUGCACAGUCAUUUGAUGCUUCUGGAAUGAUAUUUGGAUCACAAAUGAGGGAAUAUGCUCAAAGCUCACAACCUGAAUGGCUGCACAUGCAGGUUUCUCCACGUCUAAUGCUGAAGUGUGUUUCCUAGUCUCUUUUAAUGUCCUAAAAUCGUAAUAUGAAAUCAUAUGUAGAAAUGCAUUAAUCUUUUUAUGUAUCAUCUUACUAGAUAAACUUUAGUCAAUUGUAUUAGUACGCAGACAAAAUCUCCUAGGUUGAUUUAGUUCUUAAGCCGUGUAAGCAAAGGACUUUGCUUUCUGGAACUAGUUACAAAUUCUUAUUCAUUGUUACAGUAUGUUACUAAUUGAUACAAUUUCAUGCCAAACUGUGUAAUGAGAGAAUUGCGCUUUCCAAAGUUUCA